AUGUCCCUUCCCUCCGACUACUCGAAUGAAAUCUCGGCUCUCGACCGCGAAAUCCUGAAGCACCAGCCCCACGACAUUCUCCAGUUUUGCGCAAACUUCUUCAACCGCCGUCUCGAGUCCCAGCGCACCGAAGCCUUGCUGUCGCAGCAGCAUUCCAGCCCCCAGGGUCGAGGCCUGGCCGACAACACCUUCCCCGGCAACAACCCCUUCAGCACAUCCCCCACCGGCGGCGCCCCUGCAAAGAGCCCGAUGCAGCGCCUCGAGGAAGAAGAGGAAAACGAUACCAUGACGUCGCCCACCGCUUCCUCGUUUGGCACCAUUGACUUUGGCAAGCCCCGCAACACCAACAAUAACAAUAACAACGCCCAUAAUGGCACUCCCAGCGCCUUUGGCGACUUCCAGGGCUUUGGCGGCUCCUCCAAGAGCAACAUCACCCAAAUGCCACCACUUGCUGGAGACGGCCAAAGCUUCCCCAGCAACUACAACACCAACCGCCGCACCUCCGUCUCGGCCGAGUCGCUGAAUCCCGCCUCGGCCGCCGCCGGCGACUUCACCGCCCCCUUCCACCAAAAGUCACAAGAUCAGCUGUCGCGUCUGAGAGCAGCCGUGUCGGGCAACUUCCUCUUCUCUCAUCUCGACGAUGACCAGUCCUCGUUGGUGCUUGGCGCCCUCCACGAGAAGCCCAUACCCACAAAGGGAAUCAAGGUCAUCUCGCAGGGCGACGUGGGCGACUACUUUUACGUUGUCGAGAAGGGCGAGUUUGAUAUUUACGUCAACAAGUCGGGCAAAGUCGAGACAGGCCAAGAAGGCAUUGGUAACAAGGUGGGCUCCGUGGGCCCGGGUGGUUCCUUUGGUGAACUGGCACUCAUGUACAACGCCCCUCGUGCUGCCACUGUCAUCUCCACUGAAGCGUCCACCUUGUGGGCUCUCGAUCGCGUGACGUUCCGUCGCAUUCUCAUGGACAGCGCCUUCCAGCGGCGACGCAUGUACGAGGGCUUCUUGGAAGAGGUGCCUCUCCUGUCCACCCUGACGCCCUAUGAACGAUCCAAGAUUGCAGACGCGCUCGAAACAAAGAAAUACCCGCCAGGCUCCACCAUUAUCCAAGAGGGCGAUGUGGGCGAGUCCUUCUACCUCCUCGAGUCGGGCGACGCCCAAGUCUUCAAACGUGGCAUCGAGACAGCCGUCAAGGAGUACACAAAGGGCGACUACUUUGGUGAGCUGGCUUUGCUCAACGAUGCUCCCCGUGCUGCCUCGGUUGUCAGCAGGACCGAAGUCAAGGUGGCAACGCUCGGCAAGAACGGAUUCCAGCGAUUGCUGGGUCCUGUCGAAGGCAUCAUGAGGCGGAAUGAUCCAAGCAAGCCUGGCUUCACUGGAGAUCACGUCGACCCGCUCUCGAGAACUACAGGAUGA